AUGGAUAAAAUUAAUUUAUUACAAGAAUUAAAUGAUGAAAACAGGAAAAAAAAUAAAUUAAAUGAAAACAUAUUAAAUUUUGAUUUUUCUUAUGAAAGUAUUUUAAACAAUGAUAUAAAAAGACCUCAAGAAAUUGACUGUGGGAUGUCUUGCACAAGUUCGUUUUUUGAUUCUAAUGAAAAGGUUAUAAAUGAAAAUAUAUAUAAUAAAAAUUUAAACAAUGAUUAUUCAAAUUGUGAUAAUAUAAUUUAUAAUAAUAUAUAUAAUAACUAUAAUAAUAACGAUUUAAAUGGUGCUUCGUACGAUGCUAACCAUUCAAUUGCAUACAAUUCUAAUGCUUUGGAUGUUUCCUUUCAAAAAAAAAAUGAAUUAAAUGUAAAUGAGUUUUUAAAUAUAGAAAAAAAUAGGUCUAAUGAAAAAAAUAAUUUUAAUACAAGUGAAAAUAAUAAAAAAGAAAAAAAUGAUGAAAAUGAUAAUAUACUUCAUGAAAACACUAUUAUGAACAAUCUCAAUAUAUGUAAUGAUAAUAAUAUUUUGUUAAAUAAUGAUAAUUUUAUAAUAAAAAAUGUAAACGAUAUAAAUCAAAAAAUUAUAUGUAAUAGAAAUGAUACCAAUAUUAAUUCAAACAAUUUAAAUAAUAAUGCAAAUAAUACAAUAUAUGACUUAGAUAAAAAAGGAGAAAGUACUUUUAAAAAUAAAGAAGACAGUUUUAUUAAUCAUGAUAAAAAUGAUAAUGAAAAAUGCGAUAUUAUAAAUAAUGAUUCUAAUAAAAAAAGUCAAGAAAAUGAUUUAUUUAUAACAGAAAAUGAAAAAGAACAUUUUCUCAAUGAAAAUAACAAGAGUAGAAGCAACACAAGCACAUAUAUAAUAUGCUCACAAAAAAAUUCAAGUUCAAAUAUAAAUGAAACAAUGGUAAAUAGUAAUAAUUCAACUAGUGGAAUAAGUAAAAAUAAAAACGAUAAUGUAAUUAUUUUAAAUAAUGAGGAUAAUAUGAAUAAAGAUGAUAUAAAUAUAAAAGAAAUAUAUGAUAUUGUUGAAAAUGAUAUUAUAAAUUAUAAAAAUAUAAUUUUUCAAAUGAAAUCAGAAUUACAAAUAAGAAACUGUUAUUUAGAAAAUGAAAAAAGAAAAAAUGAAGAAUAUGAAAAAAUAAUUGGAAAUUACAUUAAUGAAUUAAAUAGUUAUUCCAAUAAAAGUAAUUCUUUAGAAUCAUUAAAUAUAAUUGAAAUUGAAAAUAAACAAUUAAAACAAGAGUUGAUACUAAAAAAUAGUGAAAUAAUUGAAUUAAAUAAUAUAAUAAAUAAUUUAAAAAGCCAAAAAAAUAUAUUUUUUAAUUGUCUAGAAAAUGAAUUAGAAAUUAGUUUAAAAAAGGAAACAGAAUGUUCAUUAAUUUUACAUGCACAAACAAAACGGUUAAAUAACGCAAAUUGUUUUAUAGAAAAGCAAAAUAUAAAAAUAAGAGAAUUAAAAAAAGAAAUGGAAAAAUUAGAAGAAACUUACGUUACCCAUGUGAAAAAAAAUGAAAAACAAAUUGAAGAAUUAUUAAAGGAAAAGGAAGAAUUCAUAAAAAUAACUAAAGAGUUGGAAGUUAUAAAUAUAGAUAAUAAAAAUAAGAAAGAAGAAAUAGAUAAAUAUAAAAAUAAGUGCCAAGAAUUAAAUGAUGAAUUAAAUGAUUUAUUGAGGCUAGUUGCCAGUAACCAACAAGAUAAAGUAAACUUUGAAAACUUUUAUCAGAAUAAUAAAUAUGACUCAUUUAAUUUCAUGAAUGAAAGUUAUAACAAUUCAAAUACGGUUAUUGGUGAUAAUAAUAUUUUAAAGAAUCAAUUAAAAAAAUUAAUAGAGGAAAAUGAUAAACUAAAGAAAGAAUUGGAUGAGUUGAAAAAUAACAACUUAAAUAUUAUAAAUGAAUUAAAAAAGAAAAGUGAAAUGAUUAAAGAGAAAGAUAUGAAUUACAGUGUAUUGUUGGAAAAAUAUAAUAUAUUAGAAAAGGAUUAUGAAAACAUUCAUAAUUUGUGUAUAAUACUAGAAAAUAAAUACAGAGAAGAAUAUAAUAAUAAUUCUAUUCACAAAAAUAUCAAUAUUUUAAGUAAAAGUAAUUUUUCUUUAAGUGAACUAGAAUUAAAUCAUAGUCAACAAAGUGAAAAUGAUAUAAAUAAUUAUAAGAUAUAUUGUUCUGAACUGAAAUUAGAAAAUGAAUCUUUAAAAUCUAUUAUUGAAAAAUUGAAAAUUAAAAAUAAGAAAUUGUCAAAGAAUAUGGAAUUUUUAUUAAAUGAUUUAAUUAACGCUGAAACGUUAAAUGAAGAUAAUAGUAACAAUAAAAGUACUAACCAUAAUAAUACAGAUAAUAUUGAAUGUAAUAAUAAUAGCAAUAAUGAAUUAAUAAAUGAUAAUGAAAAAUGUGAUAUUCGAAAUAGUUCUAAUAUUAAUCUUUUGAUAGAUAAUAACAAUAUUAAUAAAAUUAAUAUUUCAAAAAUAAAUAAUUAUUCACAAACUAAGGAAAAUAUUUCAAAUGAUAAAAAAAUAGAUAACUUCACCCAAACCAGUGAAAAGAUUUCAAUUAAUGAAAAAAUAGACAAUUUCACUCAAACUAAUGAACAGAUUUCAAUUAAUGAAAAAAUAGACAAUUUCACUCAAACUAAUGAACAUAUUUCAAAUGAUGAAAAAACAGAUAACUUCACUCAAACUAAUGAACAGAUUUCAAUUAAUGAAAAAAUAGACAAUUUCACUCAAACUAAUGAACAUAUUUCAAAUGAUGAAAAAACAGACAAUCUAACCCAAAAUAAUGAACAUAUUUCAGAUGAUAAGAAAAAUAAUCAUCUAAUUAAUGAAGGUGUAAACACUGAAGAGAAAAUUGUUUUUGAUAAAGAUACAUAUACAAGUGAUAAUGUAUUAUUAGUUAGUUCAUAUAUAAAUACAAGAAAAAUUGAUUUAAUCGAUAAAAGUAUAAAUACAAAUGAAAAUAUUAAAGAAUUUACAAAUAAUUGCAGUCAAACGGAUGAAAUAAAUAGUUAUAUAAAAAGCACUCAAACAGAUAUAAUAAAAAAUAUUGAUAGAGAGGUUAUUACUAAUAUUUAUGGAAUAAGUAAUUUUAACAUUAAAAAAAUGAUGAUGAAAUGCAAUUUUUCUAAAAAUAAAAAAAUUCAAGUAACAACGACAAGUAUGAAUGCUUCAACUCAGACAAAAGAAAUAUUUUCAAAUUUAAUAGAUAAAUAUAGUAGCAGUGAUGAAUAUAAUAUUUACAAAAGAUAUAAAAAAAAAAAAAAAAUUAAAGAUUUUUCUUCUUUAUAUUCAAGUAAUACGUCAAAUAGUUUUUUUUUUAAAGAGUCAGAUUCUUCUAACGAUCUAUCUUUAAUAAGAAGAAAAAAAAAUAAGUAUAAUAAUAAGAACAAAUAUUACAACUAUGAUAAUAAUUAUGAAAAUUAUUUAUGUAAAAAUAAAAAUUACAAAUUUACCAAUAGAGAUAAAAAUUAUAUUUUAUCAUUUGAUAAAAAAAAAUAUUAUAAAGAAAAUGAUGUACUCGAUAAUUAUUCUGAAUUAUAUUCAAAAAUGAAUAAAAAAGAAAGAUAUAAGGAUUACAAUAGAAAUGAAGAUAAAGAAGUAGAAUCCUUAAUAGAAAUAUUAAAAUACUCUUCUGAAAAUGAUGAUAGUUUUUAUAUAGAUAAUGUUUAUAAUACAAAACAAAAAGAAAUGAUUAAGCAAAAGAAAAGAGAAAUAGAAGAAAUAGAAAAAUUAAAAGAAGAGAGAAGAAGAGAAAGGAAUAUAAAAAAAAAAAAAAAAGACAUAUAUAGAAAACAUCAAAAUGAUGUUAACUAUAAAAAUGUUUAUUCAUCUGAGGAUUAUUAUGAUUAUGCAUAUUCCAACAAAAAUAAAUUAUUAGCUCAAAAAAUAAAGAGAAAUAAGAUAAAAAAAAAUAUGUACAAUUAUAAUCAUAUUAUUAAAACUGAAAAUAAAUAUGUACAAACAACAGAAUAUUUUCUUAAUUGUGAUAUUUAUUAUGAACAAAAGGAAAACGUAAAAUUCCCAAAAUUUAGUGAUAAUGUCCUUAUUUUAAAAAAUAAAAUAAAGGAUUAUUCAAAAAAUUUAUAUUAUAACGUGAUUGUUUGUGAAAAUUGUAAUGGCUUUUAUAUUGAUUUGUUAUUAAUAAAUAUAUUUAAUGAAUACAUAAAUUAUUACAAUUGUUGCAAUAAUUGUGCAUUGAAAAAAAAAAUUUUUGAAAAAAAAAACAUAAAUAAGGAUAAAUUUAUGCAUAAUAGUGAAUCAUCUAUUAAAAAUAAUUCUAGUAUUUUUAAUUUGGAAAAUUUUUCUACAAGUAAAAAUGAUGUUAUUUUUACUUUAAAAAAAAAAAAAAAAGAAGAAAUGGAAGAAGAGAAAGAAAAACAGGAGACAAAUCAGUAUUAUAAUGUUUAUAAUAUAAAAGAUGGUUACUGUUCAGAAAAAAGUGAAUAUUCUAAUGAUAUGAAUGAUUCAUAUGAAAAUAGUAGCAUUGAUGAUAAUGAAGUUAAAAAUAGUGAAACAGAUGAAUAUAAUGAUUUAUAUGAAAGUAGUAGAUUAAGUAAAGGAGAGAAAAAAAGAAAUUGCAAAAUUGAAAAUUUCAUAAUUAAGCAUAUUCCGUUUAAAUUGCAUAUAUGUACAUGUGCUUAUAUUAAUGUGAAAUAUAAAAAAAUGCUAAUUAGAAAAGAAGAGAUAAAAAGAAAUAAUAAAAUAAAAAAAAAAAAAAAAGAUGUAUGUAAUAAUAAUUUAUUUUUUAAUCAAAUUUUUAAUUUUAUAUCUAAAAUAAAGAAUGAAUUAAAUGAAGUAAAGUUUAUUAUUCAGAAUUUUUUCUAUUUAAAUAAAAACAACAUUUUAGGCAAUUUUAUUUUAAAUACAAAAAAAAUAAACGAUAUUCCUUUAUUCUUAUUUAAUUACGUGGAAAAUAAAAAUAUAAGUUACGUAAAAAAUGGAGAAAACAGCUAUAUAAAUGAAAACGAAGCAGUAAUAAAUAAGCAUAAUUCACAAGUAUCUUGUCAUUCUUUGAAUACAUAUUGUUUAGAAGAAGCGUACACAGCAAAUCAGCAAAUUGUUAAUUCUUGUAAUUAUCAAAAAAAUUUUAAUAAUUUUAUUAAUUCUAAUAAUUCUAAUUUAGUUCAUUUUAAUUUAAGAGAUACAUAUGAUCCCAAAAAAACUAGUAAUAUAAAUAAAAUAAUGAAAGACAAUGAUAAUGAUAAAAAAAGUUAUGAAUUAUCUAAUGAUUCAGAAAAUCAAAAUAAAUACUGUGGAAAUAUCAAUUAUUCUUUUAUAAAAGAUAAAAUAAAUGAAGACAAAAUGAAAACAAUAUAUGAUUAUAGUAUUAUAAAUAGAAAUGAUCAAAAUAUCUCUUUAUAUUAUCCGAACAUGAAUUAUGAUGAUAUUAAAAUUCAUUUUAAUGAGAAAAAUUAUAAAAAAGGAAAAGUUUGUAAUUUUAAUGAUUUAAUGCAAAAAUAUGAAAUAAAGAAUAUAAUGAUUUUUUUUAUUUGUUGCUUAUUUUAUUUAAAUGAAUUAUAUAUUAAAAAUACUUCAUCUUUUAAGGAGUUUCAGACUUGUGAUAUUAAAUGUGAAGAUAGCAAAAAUGAAAAUGAUAUUCAAUUAAAUAAUAACAUACAUAAUGAUAGAUGUUACAAUAUUGACGAUGCUAAUUAUAAUGAUGGCAGUAUUAAGAAAAAAUGCAAUUUUUAUAAUACUAAUCACAGUAAGGAUGAUAAUAUAAUUAAUAGUAACAAAAUGUGUGAUUCUAUAAAUUUAAAUGAAAGGAAGUGUAAUAGCUUGAAUCAUAAAGAGCAAAGUAAAUUAAACACAAAUAAUAUAAAUGAAAUAGAAAUAUUUUUAGAAAAAUACAAUUCUGUUAAUGUAAUAAAUGAGAAAAAAGAAAAUAAUUUAUUAUUUGAUGUUGUUAAUGAUAUUCUAAAUAAUAUAAAAAAAAAUUCAGAAUCAAUUUGCUCUGUAUAUAUAUUGAUGAAUGAAAAAAUAAACAUAGAAGAAUUGAAAAUAAGUGAUUUGUAUAAAUUAAUAGAUAAUUAUACCAAAAUUGAGGUAUAUAUAAGUAAUUUAAAUAAAGUGUGUAGGGAAAAAGUAAAAAGUUUAGAAAAUAUAAUAAAUGAAUGCAAUUCAAAUAAAGAAGAAAUAAUUAAUAUACAUAAAGAAAAAAUUAUAAAUACUGAAAAAUUAGUUGAAGAAAAGGAUAGUAUUAUUAAUGAUUUAAAAUUGGAAGUAGAAAUAUUAUUAAAAGACAAAGAAAUUACAAAUAAUUUAUUAAAUGAAGUAACUGAAGAAAAAAACAGAUAUUUUAAUUUAUAUAUUGAUUUUCAAAAUUCUAUAAUACAAAAAGAUAAACUGCCAGAUAAUGAAGAAAAUGAAUUGAAAAAUAAUAACAGUAAUAAUAAUAAAAUUAAUAGUUGUAUAAAUAAAAUAAAUGAAUUAAAUAAAGAAAUAAAUUUACUAAAAAAAAAAGGAAAACUAUCUCCUGUUAAUAAUAAUAAUAAUGAGUCAUCUUCUUCAUAUAACAAUAGUCACAUAUGCAAAAAAGAACAGAAUGAGGAAAAAAAUUUCGAUAAUUUAGUUAGUAAUAAUAUUCUUAACAAUAAAUUACUCUCAAAAAAAAGAAUUGAAAAGAAAUGUAAAUUAAAUAAAAUGGAUGUUUUAUUUAAUUUAGAAAUGAAAAAAAUUUUUAAAAUUUUCUUUAUUUUAAAAGAAAAAAUAAUUGUUUUUGCUUCUUAUAUUUAUAAAAAGUUAUAUAAAAAUAUUCCUAUUAAUAUUUAUUAUGUUAAACAAUAUUAUACAAAUAUAAUAAAUUUAUUUUUAAAUCUACCAAAGCACAUUAAUGUAAAUUUUUUAUUCAUUAAUGAAAAUGAAAUAAAUUAUAAUAUUUAUCUAAAAAAAAAUUUUAAAAAAAAUUAUAAUAUUUUAGCAUUAACUGACAAUUCUUUCAAUGAUUUUUCUGAUGAUAGUUCAUUAGAAACUAAAAUCAUACAAGAUAAAAAAAAAAAUAAAAUAAAAUAUGAAAAAAGCAGGCAAGAUUAUAGAGAUAAUACAACACAAAAAAAAAAAAAUAAAAAUAAAAAUAUUCACCUAGGCUCAAUGGAGCAAUCUGAUAAAGUUAUAAAAAAAAAAAAAAAAAUACUUUAA